AUGGAUAUUCUUUCUGAUAUAAAAGCAUCAGUUAAAGGUGCCCCAGCACCACAGCAAAACCCAGCUGCCAUUAAAAGUGAGAAUGGAAACGUUGAUGUAAGCGUUUCUAAUGAGAUACACCAACAGACAGCAGCUUCUACUGAGGAACUAAUGAGUGUAAGCUCGUUGGAACAAAGAACUUUACACGCUGAGAAAUUUUUGUACACAGAAGUGAUUAAGUCAUAUCUGGGUGAGAGAGCUUCCACUGUGAUCUCUUUGUUAAUCUCUUUAGGUCGAUUAACAGUCAGAGAGAUAUAUGAAAAAUUGAAUUUUACCAUGUCCAUUGACUCAAUAAGAAGAACCCUAGUGUCCCUUACUCAACUUAGAUGUGUUAGAUACUUGGAAGAACCUAAACGAGGUUCUGCGAAAUACAAUACUUAUUAUUAUUACAAUAAAGACGGUGUAUACCUGUUGCUGUAUUCAGGAUUGAUCAUCAAUGACAUCUCCUCUCGAUUUUCAGAACAAAAGAGGCCAAUUGUGGCAGAGAUCAUACAGAACAUAUUGUCCUUGGGAUCCCUUUCGCUAAAUGACUAUUUGGAAAAUGUCACCUACAAUAUCCCCAAACAUGAGAUGUCUGGUUUAUUUGUGGAAUUAUGUGAAAUGGGUUUUUUGGUGCGACUAACAAAAUUUGACUAUACGCCAAUAAAAGACCUAUGGAACCUAUUGUAUGAAAAGGAAUAUAACCAGUUGCCCAGAAACAGUACUCAAUCUGACCUAAAAAAACGAACAGAAGCGAAAAACAAGGCAAAAACCGAGUUCCACAAUUUAAUGGAGGCUUCAACCGAUUUAUCGAAAUUGAUUAAACUAGAUCCUUCGACCUCUCUGAGAACUGUAAUUCCAACUGCGACAUUAACUAUCAAUAUCAAAAGAUUUCUGAAAUCAAGGAGAUCCUUACAGCUAACAAAUUACGCUAGAUCAAGAGUAGGACCAGUUUCUGCUCAAUUGUACAAACUAGCAUUAAAACUAACGGAAAAUAAAGCUCCUUAUUUUAACGAUAUACUUUCAGAAACUGGUUUAUUACAAGACUUAGAUGAGUUAACGGCAAUGAGUGAUGAGAUGGAACUUCUAGAAGAAAAAUCACCUGGAGUUACAUUUACAGCGAAUGAUAUCUUGAAAAUAGUACCUAAAAAUUAUAAGAUAGAAAACAGUUUAGUGUAUGAGAAAAAAUCUGGUAAAAGAAGUCAAAACCAAGAGAAAUCUGCCAACACUAAAAGAUUAAAAACAGAGGAUGGUUUUGUGAUUCCAUCAUUACCAACUGAUAAUAAUCAUAGCAAUGAAAAAGAAAUAGACGAUGCUGAAGUAGAGGAUGGGAUUAAUGAGGGAGAUGAAAUGGAUGCUGAUUCUGUUUCAAUAAUUAAUAGCCACUUAAAAAUAUUAGCAUCAUCUCCUGUUCCGUUUUUGAAAGAGACUCAACCUAAUGUAUACUAUAUUCCCUACUCAAACUUAAUACCGGAGUUGAAAUCAUCUAUCUACGAUCAUAUAAUCGUGUCAACUCUUGGCCCUCCAUCAUUAAGAAUUAGAAGAUGCAUUAAAGAAAACAAACUAGUUUCAGAAAAGGUAAUUAACGGUACUGCAUUAAUGAAAGAAAAGGACAUUCGUACCACAAUCGGAUCUCUAAUCAAAUAUAAUGCUGUUGAAAUUCAGGAAGUACCUAGAACUGUGGAUAGAUCUGCAUCGAGAGCAGUCUUUCUAUUUCGUUGCAAUGAGUCCCACUCAUAUAAUUUUAUGAAACAAAACUUAGCAUGGAAUCUAGCAAAUCUACUCUACAAAAAAGAGAAAAUUGAGGAUGAGAAUAAAACUUUGCUGAUGAAAGCAAAUAGGGAUGAUGUUAAAGGAAAGGAAAGAGAACUUCUUUUACCCAGUGAACUGAAUCAGCUAAAAAUGGUCAAUGAACGGGAACUCAACAUUUUCACUAGAAGUUUCAGGCUAAUGUCACUGUGGGAAGUUUUUGAAUUUUUUUAG